GUUUUAAAACCCCAGUUGAAAGAGACAAGUGACAAAUAUUUCGUAUUAGGCGAGGUAAAAUAUGUAAAUUAUACCGGUAGCUCACGUUCAAACACAUACAAAUUAUUUACAAUAACGGAGAUAAACAACAAAAAUUUAAAGAUGGGCGUCACAUACAUUGACGAUAGUUUAAAAGAAAAACAACAGCGAGUAAAAGAAAUUGAACUGAAUGCUGUGUAUCGUAGCUCUGAAGUAUACCAAGCGUGUAGCUUUGAUAUACCUACAUUAAAAUCUUUAAGAAACCAGUCAAAAAAUUUCUGUAUUUUUGAUAAAACCAAGAAGGUAAAACUUAAAGACCCCUUUGCUUGGUCAAAAGUUUAUAAUUCACCUAUACGAAAACAAGAAAAUGAUAAUUUAAGUGUUGAAAACAAUAAUCAGGCUAUGUGCUUCAUGUCCAACUAUCACAAACAAGAUAAUGUUAGUAAUGAAUCAGUUCCUACUACAAAGCAAACAAGAAGCACUUCUGUCACUUCGUUUGAUAAACGUAAACAGCCCUCUGAAACGAAAUCAAUGUGGUGUAAAAGAGCCAUCCCAAAAUUAUUGUGUCCGUGUUGUACCGGUGGAGGAGACGACCGCUUAGACCGUUCCCAAAAUCAUAGCAAAGAUGAUUCUUAUGAAAGUAUCAAUUUAAAAUAUACACCUGACAUACCUCUGCACUUGCAUAUUGAUCCUUCGCUAAUGAGUUUUAUCUGUAUGCAUAGAAGCAAUAAAUCUAAGCACUCUCGUAAACUAUAUUAUGAAAGAAUAAUAAAACUUAUUAUUCGAAAUACGUGCAAAAAUACUGUAACACUCUUUAAAUCUUUUAAUCCCAUGUAACUAAUUAUUAUCUUGAGAACGACAUAAAAUAUGUGUAUCGUGCAUAGUGUAUUUAAAAAUACAUUUUGUGCCAAGUUUCCUUAGUGGAGGAAAAAUACAUUCUUUUGUAUGCGUUGAAAUUUAAGAUAACAUACAAAUGUAUAUUAUAAUUAUUCGUUAAAGAUAGCAUUGUAAUAAUGUGUAGAUAAAAGCUUUACCGAUAUUAAAAACCGAAAGUGGAGUUAUACAGUUUUAUUAAAAUAAGGUAAAACACCAAGUAUACUCUUUUAAAGUUCUCAAAUGUGUGUCACUCUCUUCUGAAGUCAAAAUAUGACAACAAUGAAUGACAGAGUCACUGUUUUUAACGACCAAAUUAUAAUUAAAGAAAAAAAUCUUCAGAGUAAACAUUCCAAUACCUCACUUGUUGGCCAAGAUUUAAGAUAACCCGUUAGUCUGAUGGUAUUAUCUUACAAAGAGAAAAUGUGUUUAUGAUUCAGUAGACUGUUAAUUACAUUUAUUGUCGAACUAAUGUUGGAAUCUUCAUACAUAACAUGCAUCAGCCUGCAAAUAUACAAUAAUGAAUUGGAACUGCCAUGCCAUCAACACUCACUGUUACCUCAUGCUCCCGCAAAUGUAAAGGAUGUAAUUACUCUAACUGCAAGGGUAGACGAUCCCGUAAAAUAGGAAAGUGUGAAUACUUUUGCAAAUACAUUUUUUGCUGCGGAUGGUGUUUUGGAACCCAAAGUCGAGAACGACGACCCGCUAAAAUUACACGAAGGGUUGAACACGUGGAUUACAUAAAAAUCCAUUCGGGAACUUCUAAGCACAAACAAAAAUUCAAUGGAUCGAACAAAAAUGAAACAGCUGAUCUUUAUUUCUGCACGGUGUCCAACUAUGUCACGACAUGGCCCAAUAACCAAAGGCAGUGGGCUUAUAAACGACCUUUAGCUACAGCAGACGAUUUUAAAGACUUUGAAGCCGCCUCGAUAGCUGCACAAAAAGUACGCACAUGUGAAAGCAAUGACGUAACAACUAAAUCGCAUUUUUUUAUAAGUAAUCCAAUUAAUUUAAACAUUCCAUUUCACAAUACUCGGACAUUUGGGCAGACUUACAUUGCCCCUUUAAAAAAAACUCCUAUGUUCAAGACGAAAACAACAAAAAACCUAGCAAAUAUAUUUUCUUCUUGUUUAAGGAGUAAACAAAGAAAAGGAGCAACGCGGGGCAACAUUCGAAGUAAAAAGAUAGUACACCCGAUAAGUGCACACAUGUCGUUAAAGCCCGAUAUUACAAAUAUUUUGGACAACACCCGAUCAAUAUCAGGAACCACCAACGAUUUUUCCUGUCAAUUCAGUGUAAACUCUAUGCAAAGUCUAGAAAUAAUAUCACACGUGCUUACCAGAUCUGUUUCCCGGCUCUCCUCGUUGGACAGUAUACUCAGCCUGAAAUGGCGGAGACGAUUCAGGAGACACGACAAACAACCGAGCACACUUCAAACCAUAUUGAAAUUGAAGGAGACAGGCCGUGUGCGUCACGUCGGCGUCUCUAAUCUUAAUGAAGAGCAAUUGAAAAGACUAAGCGAUAUCAAGAAACCAGAAUGUUUGCAAAUAGAGAUACACGCCCUUUGCCAACAGGAAUCACUAGUCGCGGCUUCCAAAGAGCUCGGUAUUCCUGUGGUAGCGUAUUCCCCUCUAGGAUCCAAAGCAUUAGCUGAUACGCUUGCUGCUAAAACAGGCCGUCAAUAUCCGGAUUUGCUGACACUGCCUACAGUAAAACGCAUAGCUGAAUCACACGGUCGCACCACGGGACAAAUUUUGCUCCGUUAUGCAAUUCAACGCGGAAUUGCUAUUAUUCCAAAGAGCACCAACCCACAACGUAUAAAGCAGAACAUAUCUUUAUGGGAUUUCGAGUUAAGUGGCAGUGAGAUGAAGGAACUGGCGACUCUUGACCGAGGUGAAAAUGGACGCAUUUGUGACUUCUCAUUCUUUCGGGGUGUAGAAAAGCAUCGCGAUUUCCCGUUCAAAAAACAGAUAUAAAAACCACAGUUUUGCAUUGUGCAUUUAAAUGAUAAUUUCUAUCUGUACAAAAAUUUUAAUGAAUUUUUAAUAUCAUCCUUGCGAAGUAUAUUGAUAAAAUUAAAGGUAUGACUAAAACA